GCCCUCUUUAUUUUCCUUUAUAUAUAAACACACUCGAAACUCACCACACAGCUUCUUCUUCUCAUUCGCUAAAAUUUUUCCUCCCCCAGAAUCGUAGGUAGAUAUAGAUCUGCGAUAACGCCCUUCAGCUACGGUUAAACCGGUGUAGGUUGGUAAGAUGGGAGGUGGGUUUAGAGUGCUGCACUUGGUUAGACCGUUCCUUUCGUUUCUUCCUGAAGUUCAGACUGCUGACAGGAAAGUGCCAUUUAGAGAGAAGGUCAUAUAUACCGUUAUCUCUCUUUUCAUUUUUCUGGUUUGUAGCCAGCUCCCUCUGUAUGGAAUCCACUCAACAACAGGUGCGGAUCCAUUCUAUUGGAUGCGUGUCAUCCUUGCUUCCAACCGUGGAACUGUCAUGGAGCUUGGAAUUACCCCCAUUGUAACUUCUGGGUUGGUAAUGCAACUUUUGGCUGGGUCGAAGAUCAUUGAAGUUGACAACAAUGUACGAGAGGACCGUGCUCUGUUGAAUGGUGCUCAGAAACUGCUGGGAAUCUUGAUAGCUGUUGGUGAGGCAGUUGCCUAUGUUCUUUCUGGAAUGUAUGGAAGUGUGGGGCAACUUGGAGUUGGAAAUGCCAUCCUCAUUAUCCUCCAGCUCUGUUUUGCCGGCAUAAUUGUGAUAUGUCUAGAUGAGCUACUUCAAAAAGGAUAUGGUCUGGGGUCUGGAAUUUCCCUAUUCAUAGCAACCAAUAUCUGUGAAAAUAUCAUAUGGAAGGCAUUUAGUCCCACCACCAUUAACAGUGGACGUGGAGCUGAAUUUGAGGGAGCUGUUAUUGCUCUGUUCCACUUGUUGAUAACUAGAACGGACAAAGUCCGAGCUCUUCGGGAGGCAUUUUACCGGCAGAAUCUUCCCAACGUGACAAAUCUGCUUGCCACUGUCUUGAUCUUCCUGAUUGUGAUCUACUUCCAAGGUUUCCGAGUGGUAUUGCCUGUAAGGUCAAAGAAUGCCCGUGGACAGCAGGGUUCAUACCCUAUCAAACUGUUUUAUACCUCCAACAUGCCCAUUAUUCUCCAGUCUGCCCUUGUUUCCAAUCUGUACUUCAUCUCCCAGCUGCUUCACCGCAAGUACAGUGGAAACUUCUUUGUCAAUCUUUUGGGUAAAUGGAAGGAAUCUGAAUAUGGUGGUGGUCAGUCUAUUCCUGUUGGUGGUAUUGCAUACUACAUCACUGCACCAUCCAGCUUAGCUGAUAUGGCAGCCAAUCCUUUCCAUGCUUUGUUCUAUCUUGUCUUUAUGCUGUCAGCUUGUGCCUUGUUUUCCAAAACUUGGAUUGAAGUCUCUGGUUCAUCUGCUAGAGAUGUUGCCAAGCAGCUGAAGGAGCAACAAAUGGUGAUGCCUGGACAUCGUGAGUCGAAUCUGCAGAAGGAGCUGAACCGAUACAUUCCAACUGCUGCAGCUUUCGGAGGCAUGUGUAUUGGUGCCCUAACAGUGUUGGCAGAUUUCAUGGGAGCAAUUGGUUCCGGUACGGGAAUAUUGCUUGCAGUAACAAUCAUCUAUCAAUACUUCGAGACAUUUGAGAAGGAAAGAGCCAGCGAGCUUGGCUUCUUCGGUUUCUAAGCGUCGCACACUGUUGGUGUCAUCAUUAACGAAACUCCGUCACCCACAGUUUUGUUGUAUUGAGGGAUCACUGUCCUCGUAGGCUUCAUCUAACAUACCAUAAGGGAGGACUUAGAGUAGACUGUUAUCAUGUUUCUGUUUUGAUUAAGGAAGUAUGUAGUAGUUUAUUAAUGUAAACACUUUUUUGGUUUCCUUGAAUAUACUUAUAAAAUUUAUGCAAUUCGAACAUCACGAGCUUUUUUAGUACCAA